CUAUUUAAAUACAUUUUACUAACUUUGGAUUCCUUGCUCACUUCACUUCACCUGGCUGGGCAGGUCUGCGAGGGCUCAAGGGUUAGCUCCUCCACUUUUACUAUUUAAUUUAUUUUUCAGUGCUUGUUUCUAUUAAGAUAACCAUGUUCAGAAGGAGAGUCUGAAACACAUAAAUAAUGGGACGUGCUAAUAGUAAGCAGGCUGCUGUAAAAUGUGCUGGGGCUUUGACUUAAGGGAAGAAAGCGCAGCACUGCACUGUCCCUGAUCAGGAAGCUGGAGCACAGAAGAAAACAGAUUCAGCAAAAUCCUUGUCCAAACCUUGGAAAUAUCCAGAAGAUAUUAAGGAGCAGAGUUCACUUAAGAUCAAAAAAUGCUGAAGGUCAGAAACAUCCAGCGACACUACUUCUGUGGAAUCUACAUUACUGGACUAUUUCUACCUCCUCACUAAAGAUGGUCAGAAAUGAAGCCAAAUACAAGCAUGAGAGGGAGUUCUAAAGAUGAGAAGCAAAAUUACAUGGCAGAGAUUCCCCCAUCCUGUCUUCAGACUGAUGUGGAGAUAGACAAAAAGCACAACGCUGUGGGCCCUGACUGUGCAUCGUAAUCGGGGAUUAAUGGAAGGCUGUGAUAUUUUAUAAUUGUGUUGAAUGGGUUACCUUUUGCUCUCAGCGCUUCUGGAACUGAAGCCAAAUGCUCCCUGUGCUCCGUUAGUGGCUCUGCUGGAGUCCCCUAGGCACUCCUGCCUUCUGCUGGCUAAGCUGAUAUUAGCAGCCUCUUCAGUUUCAACACCAAUCCAACGGCAUCUGGAUAUGGGUGGCUAAAGGAUUUUACCCCACCAAUAUAUGCUUGGAACAUGCUAAUGCACAGUAAAUCCUCUUUACCUGUAGUGCCAUUCUGCUUUCUCGAACAAUGGUUCUGCUCAGGAGAAGAAGGUUUCCUUCAGCUAUUCCGUAAGACGAAUCCAUGUGCAGCAGCACCUUCUGGAGGAAUCACUUUGUGCUUGUGAAUUGCAAACAGCUGGAACCACCCCACGCAGUCAUCUGCCUAUUUGACACUUGAAAUAAUUAAUCCUUUGGAUAAUUCAUUCAUGACUCCCAUGAACAAUGCAGGGAAAUAAGAAACAUACAGAAGGACAUAGUGACUCCUCAAGUAUUGGGAGUCUCCUGGAUGACACAGACAGAGAGGUGAGCAGCCUCACAGACCGGGCUUUCAAAAGUUUGUGUGUGGCAGAACUCGAAGACUCUUACAAUGAACCAGAUCUUGCCAUUUCACCUGACUUUGCCCUCCAAUUCUCUGCUAAAUUUCACCCAGCGACAUUAAACCAUGCCAUCAAGAAAAGCAACAUCUGUAACAAUCUAACAAGAAACAAUGAACAUACAAUAUGGGCUUCCACAUUCCAGCAGUUACAAAAUUGUGCUCCAGAGGAGAAAAGGAUUGCUAAAAAUAAUUCCUUUGCCACAGAAAGGAAAAAGCUGAAUUUGCCAGUCCCUGGUCCAAGGAACAAUAAACAUGUUUCAAAAGUGUCCUCGUUGAUUAAGACAUUUGAUAAGACUGCAGACCAAGGGUCAGGAGGUUCCCUGAUAGCCAUUAAGCAGCCCAUUAAGAAUAGCUUUCAAAAAUGUAAAUUAAAUCAUGGAAAUGAUAUGGCUUGCUGGGAUGACACAGACAUUUUAAGCAUCCACAAGGAACUUUCUGAAUUUUCCGAGGCUGGUCAAGGUAGCCACUGUCUCAGUGGCAAACACGAGCCACAGAAAAGACCUAAUAAAAUAGACCUGAGUUAUUGUGGCUCUGCCGGUUAUUAUCCUGUGCUGAUUGAGAUGUCAAAAGUAGCCAAGUCAAAUUUUUCCCGUUCUUCUAAGAAGGCUUUAAAAAACAGAAGUAUGAAAGUUAAUGAGCCAGCAAAAAAAGGUAAUUUUCUUCACAGUGAGAAUAGUGCUUUUGAAUCAUGGAAUGUUCAUCAUAAAAAACUGACUGAAAAGGAGGAAUUUGUUGAUAUAAAAAUGAAAAAGGAAGGUCUUACAUAUCUGGAAGAAGCACCAUUUAUUAAAGGAUCCCACACACGUGAACAUAAAUUGCCACCUGUCAAGACCACUGUAGCCAAGAAGCAGGAGAAAGAUUUUCAGAUUAAGCCACCUCCACCAGAAGCUGCUUUCAACAUCCCUCUCUCAGCUGUGUAUGUACCUGAGGGCCCUCUCCCUUCAGAAACUGAACUUCCUGCUGCUCUUCCCCCCGCGCCCCCCCCCAGGAUCCACGCACAGCAGGGUCCCCCUCGGCCACCCCCUGUCCCGCAGGCGCUUCCUCUUCCACCCGCCACCCAGCAGGGCCAUCCCCCAACACCCCCUACCCCUGAAGCCCCUCCUGUGCCACCACCCCCAGUGCCGGCUCAACUUUCCCCCCCUGCCUUGUCCCAAGCCUCCAUCUCACCCCAGUCCACGUCCUACAGGACGUUUUCAUCCUCACCCAUGUCCCUGGCACCCAGCCAGCCUCCACCGAGACCCCUGGCCACCUUAACUGAAGAGGAGGCCCUCAGUCCCCAACUGGGCAAUACCUGUCCGCCCUGGAGGAGACAGAGGGCUACAAAAGGGGCAGCAGAGAGGAGACACACCUCAAAGGAGAAGUUCACAGCCAGUGAUGAGACCUGCUCAUUGUCCGAAAAGGCGACUGGUGCUGAACCUGGUCUGGACGUGACUCCUCUGACUAAACAGGUAAACUCCCCUGGAUCGAUCAGUCCCUCUUUCAACAUCACCGAACUCUUAACACCCAUCAUACCACCAAAACAGGAGGUGGACGCUGUUGAAAGUGAGCUGAUACCGCUGACACCUCCUCCCACUGAAAGCAUGGCAUUGAGAGACCACGAGGGGAGCACAUUUGGUGAUUACAGGUCUCGGGAUAGUUACAAAUCAAAAGCAUCGAGUUUGUUAUUCAACUUGAAGGAUGUGCGUAAACGUGUUAAAAGCAUUUAUACCCCUUCCCCCCUGUUAAGGGCUUUGGAGGAGAAAAAUAAAACUAGGGAAAAUAUACAGGAGAGUACAAAAAUGAAUCCCUCACUCUUGACUUUACAAGAAAAAAGUAACAAAAAUAUUGGAGAGAAAGAUGAAUCGAGUGAUAUGACCUCCGUAUUGUCUGGCAGUGUUCACAAAAAGGACAAUAAAACUGAUUUAACUGGACACUUUACAGACAAUUACCUGACUUUGAGUUCACCCCAGACAACAGCAGACCUUUUAUUUUACCGAACUGGAGACAACUUGCAGCAAGACGAUUCAAAACAUGAAGAUUUAGUUCAAACCACAAGGGAUAAUGAAAACUUCCCCUUGUUCAGACAUGAAUCAAAUGAACCUGAUUUAAGAAAACAUCUGCAGUAUCCAGCACUGAAACCAUUCAGCAGAGACAAUGCAGAUGCGACAGCUGGGCAGCCCAUGCAAAAUCCCAGUGUCCAGGGUGAGGAAAAUGAGAGACAGGCUGCUAUUCAGAAUGAAAAUUUUGCCUUCAAAAUUCUCCCAAACCAACUCUCACCAGCAGAGGAUGUGCCUUACAGUGCCCCCCAAACCAAUAUGGUGGUACCUGGCCAUGAAGCAGAAGGCAAAAGAAGCACUAGUUCUUCGGAGCAAUCUUUCGUUUCCACGGUAGAGCAGCCACUUCAGGAGGAGCCGUUUCCACCAGUGCCCCUGAUGCAGAAGGCAUGCUCUCAAGAAAGCCAGAGGACUAAGAGUGAAAUGGGUGCAGACAGUAAGAAAAGCCACAAGGAGAGAGGGAAAGAGGUUGGGGAAGAUGAACUGCAAUAUUAUGCUUGUAUCAGCUCUGGUACUGGUACAGCAGAGAAGAGAGAGGGGAAGGUUACUGGGAAUGAACAGAGCAGUGUGAUGAAAGAGAAUCUAAGGAGAGAGAAAAGGGAAGAGGCCGACAGCACAGAUUCUGCUUCCAACAGUAUAAGGGACAUGUCCAUCCCCAGGUCUGAGGAACUACAAACACCACCAUCUUCAAGCUCAACCAAACCCAGUUUGUUUAUGAUUAAAGAUAACACGUUCAGGUCACCUCAGGUAAUAAGGGCUGUCAAGCUGCCCCUGUUCAGGUCCUUUUCCCUGGAUGAUACAGUAAGCAGCAGUUAUAAGGAAAUGGAAAGUAGGUUUAUGCCCCCAGCAGAGCACAACAAGCAGCUCGGAAACCUGUUGCAUGCCCAGGAGGUAGGCUGGUCAGCAUCGAGGCACAGAGGGCAGCAGAAUGUGAAGGAUGGAGAAAAUGACAGCGGGAAAGAGGCCAGGGAGCCUGGAUCUACUUCAGCAACACUGGAUCCCAGCCUUCUGGAAGAUACAGAGAGCUUUUCAUUAGGGAAGCUGAUGGAAGAAGAUGAAGAGACUUGUGCUUUGUUAAAUAAACUUGGGAAAAUGAAUGAGGAACGCGUCUGCAGAAGGAAAGAGAAGCCCCAGACUAGGAAGGCAAGACACAGCUUAACGCAGCCAAAUUUAGGUCUGGAAAAUGAGCAAGCACAAAACAACCCUAGCUAUCCUGCAGAAAGAAAGAUGAAUUACUUCAAGAAUCAUCAUUUAUCUAAUCGCAGAGGUGGCUCCUGUGCAAAAAAAAUAAUCACUAGGGAGACAAUUUCCCCUGUGACUGGCUCCAUAUCAGAGGACCACAUGUAUUCUCCUGUACCCCAUGAAGCUUUAGAGGACGUCUUACGUACAGAAGGUGCACCGGUUUUGUUAGACAGUCUUGCAUGCUCUGCUGUUACAAGCCCCAGGUCAGGCAGCACAAUGCACUCUCUUGCUGCCAGUUCAUCGUCAGACAAACCAACAAUUUCUGGCCUUAGAGAGACAGAGGAUGUUAUAAACCCUGCCUUGCUGAACAUGGCACUAAAAAGCCAAGCUGAUAUGUCUGCAGAACAGAUAUUUGAUUCAGCACGGAGGAAUCUGCUUUCAAAUUCUGCAGGGGAAGCUGAGAGACUGGAGCCCAGAGGACCUGGGGAGAGAGCAGCAGGCAAGCCUCCUGCUGUGCCACCAAAAACAGAAAAGGCUCUGCGGCGGGCCAAAAAGCUGGCAAGCAGGAGAAAGAAAAUGCAAGAGCAGCAGAAAAAACAUCAGACUGAGUAUACAGAUGCUGUAGGGAGAAAGCCUUCUCAUUCUGGACAGACACUAGCAUCUCCUUCACCCUUGGGAUAUUCUCCUCUCCAUCCUGCCCCUCACUCAACUUUUACUCCCACAGAAACCAGUACAGGAAGACCCAGUGGUACAUCAGCAGUAAGCCCUUCACCCUCUUCAACCCAGCGUAAACUCCUCCAAGACCCUGACUCUGGUCAAUACUAUGUAGUUGAUUUACCAGCUGAAGUUAAUUUAAAGACAUUUUAUGACCCAGAAACUGGCAAAUAUGUUCAAGUCUCAGUCCCUUCCUCAGAAGGAAACUUAUACCAACCCCCCUCUUCAGAAAUUAUGAAUUCUCCCUAUGCCUCCUAUCCUAGAGUGCUGCCUUUACCAGCUUCAUCUGUAGCAGUGCUGAAGUCACCUUCUCAGCUCUCUGAACCUACCUGGUUAAUGCCAGCUGUACCAGGAGAACCAGCUGAACUACCUGAAGAUGGCCAGCAGGAUUACGGAUACAGUGAAGCUGUGGAUACUCAGGCCUAUAUUGAACCAGCCUCUUACUCCUACAGUCAAGACACUGAAGAAACUCAGGUUCGCUUAGGAAAGGACACGAGCCCAACCCCAAAUACUGACAUAGUGUCUCUCACUGAGUUAGAUGAUUUUGCUGCUGAAGGAGUAUCUUGAAAGCUGAAGUAACAAAAUAUGCCAGCUAGUGUUUUUAAGAACUGUUUGGACAGACACACGCACACAAAAGCACAUGCAGAUUUGAUGUUUGUACAACACUUUAUGUCUGAAUCUCAUUGUGGUUUGGGUGGGAAGGAAAAUGAAAGCUGACCAUGAAAGAUGCAAGGUGAUGAUCACUCUGAAGAAGAGUGAAAUUGAGCAAGCACCAAAUUAUCAGUGAGAUGAAGGGGCAAUGCCAGCUAAACAAAUAAAUACAACAGUAUGAAGCCACUGCUUGCUGCUGCUGCUGCUUUGCCAUUAUGGUGGCUGGGAUUGCCAAAGCAAGUGUCCUUUUGCCCAGAUGUGUUGCAUGAUAUAUGAUAUGAAGUAAAACCUAUGACACCAUCCUGUCCAUCCUAUGAGACCUAGGACAGAUGCCGCAUCUGCUAAACUUUCCUCACUCACUGCCUUUGAACUAUACUGACAGGUAGAAAGCAUGGCUACAAAUAUGCCAUAAACCCAAGAUUCAUUUUUUGCACACUUUGAUCGCCCAAAUGUUAUUGACAAGAAGAUUGUAUACUGGAUGAACAAUACAACAGCUGCGUCAAAAAACAUUUAAACAACCAGAAUACAGUUGCAGCUGCUCCAAAUAAGUUCCCCUAGAGUCAGGGGUUAUCUAUAAUGCAGCUUAAAACUUCAACUUAUCUUGAUGCUUGGCCUGAGAUAUUUUGGUAAGGAGCAAGGUUGAAUGAAAUCUCAUAACAGUAUUUAAUUUUUUGUUAGGAUGAGAAGAUCUUUGCUUAUUAUAAUUGAAAUGCUUUUCAUUUUGUUUUGUUUUCAGAAUCCCACUGAAAUACAGCGCUACCUUUUAAACCCUGAAAAACAUAUGUAAUUUUGGUCUUGUGAAUUCUUUGAUUUAAAAAAAAAGAAGAGAGAUAAAAAUCAUCCAAAGUGUUAAAUUUCUAGAAAAGUGCUUCUUUGGAUUAUCACUUUUCUUUGAAAGAUCUGUAUCAAAAUAUCACUCAUCCUUGCAUAAGCUCUUUUUUAUCAUCAUAGAUAAUGAGAGAACCUUGGUGAAAAGAUGGAAAAAUUGAAUGUAAUGUGCCUGCUUAUAAAUAUCUGUAUUUGGAGUGUUGGUUUACUUUGUCUCAUUUUCAUACUGUUCUCCCCAAUUAAAACUGAAGUGCAGGAGAUCUAAGGAAGAAAUAUAUCUGACUUUCAGCCUGAUUCACACCUUAGGCUAUUUUUACGGGAUUGUUUUCAGUGAAGUGACUCGACUUCCUGAAAAGAAAGGGAAAACCCAGACCUUUUGUUAAUAAAUACAACACGGAGAUGGGACACAGGCACUGCUUCACUCUCCCAGUUUUAAUAUCUAUGAGAGAGGUUUUCUUCAGUAAAUUCUUAAUUUCCCAGCACCAAGGCUGCUCAGGACACAGACCAGCGCUUGGUGGUUUGACUCCUUCCCUAACCUGAACUCAGCUCCCAGCCUUCCUCCAUCCCUGACAAGAGCCAUACAUUCAGGACCUGUCCUGAUCCCACCAGACACUUCCUUUCAUCAAUGCUAUUUGCUAAAACAUUUCCCUUAAAGGGGCUAGACAAACACUAAAGACAUCUCUUCGUUGAUUUCAGUGGGGUUUGGAUUUGGUCUUUAAUGGUUUCCUAAGGUUCAUUUCACCUGUUAUGCAGAGUUGUGUCAGAUUUGCCAUUUUGUGAUUUGGCAGGGAUGGUUGCAGCAGAGGUGUGGGGUGGAAAUGGAGAAGCUUGUACUGUUUUGGUUUGGGUUUUGAGCACAUUCAGCCAAAUGUUCAUAUCUGAAUAAACAAUUAUUGUUCAGUCUCUA